GGUUUAGUCAAAGCGUUGCGCGUUCCGCGUGUGAUGGUCCCGACGAAGGUCAGAGACGUCCGUGGUUUCGAAGCCGACUUCUCUCUCGACAAGCAAGGAUUCCAGUGGGUGCAAUGGCCUGCAGCCUUGAACACAUGGGACAAUGACGCGGAGAUUGAGCGCUUAUACUAUCCAGACAUGGAGUCUCUGCUGAAGAAGGUGACGGGCGCGUCGCACGCCUAUGUCUUCAAUCACGUCUUGCGAGGGGAAACCUGGUCGGCCAUCAUGAAAGAUAUCGAGAACUUCAAAGACGAAGACAUCGAGUUCCGCGCAGCUAAUAAUUGCUACAUCCACUGCGACUACUCGUAUCAAGGAGCGGAACAGUUUUAUGAUCGGAUUGUGGCGAAUGGCAGAAGGGAUGAUCUCAAACCACUAGCGGUCAGCCCUCGACGUCGCUGGGCUCUGAUCAAUCUCUGGAGACCCCGGCAGCCCGUGGAGCGCGAUGCUCUCUGUGUGGCAGACGCACACAGCAUCACCGACGAUGAGCUCGCAGAGCAGACCAUCAAGUGGAUGAAGGCCGAGGAACUCACGGAGGAGCAGAAGAAACAUCCGUACAUUCACAAGUAUCAGGCGGGCGCCCCAGACACAUAUCUCUGGGCAGUGAAGCCUCCCACCGAUCCAGAGAAGCACAAGUGGUACUAUGCGUCGAAGAUGACACCCGACGAGGUGUUGCUCUUCAAAAUGUACGAUUCCAGGAAUGAUGGUCGCGCGAAGAGGGUGCCGCAUACAUCAUUCCAGUGCGCUUCGGACAGCGGUCCGGCACGAGAAAGCGUAGAGCUCAGAGCCUUUGUCUUCUGGGAGGAUCAG